GUAUCACGUACUUGGUGUCUUGGUGGGCGCACGGCGCGGCGAAGAAGAAGCAGCUGCAGCAGCAACUCCACCGCCGCACGCCUCGCGAGCAUUCGCCUCCCUCAUCGCCCGCCGCCCUCCGCGCCACCCUCACCCUCACCAGCACGUGCGACCGCGAGAGGGAGUUGGGGCGAGGACCACCCUCACCAAACCCUACUGCGAAACAACUGCCGGCCGCGCGCCGUGAGGAUACCCACGUCGUCGUUACCGGCGACACCCUCCACCGUCUCCAGCUCCUCCAGGGUCCCAGCGCGAUGAGGAUGAGGGCGCCGUCGUCGACCGGAUUGAAGGCGAUCGUGGCAUCGGCCUGGUUGGCCGUGCUGCUUGGUUCCGCCUCCCUCGCCGCCUGCGAUCAGGACGCAGGAUUCUCGCCGCCGCCGACCGCCGUACCAGCGGUUCCGCCGCGCCCGGCACUCCGCGCCGCCGCCGCCGCUGUUCCCGUGCCGGUGCCAGCUCCACUGCCCCGCAAGAUACUCCGCUCGCCAGGCGUCGUCGCUGGCGGUAGCGGAGAAGGAGCAGCCGCAGCAGGGCCGGUGCGGCCGAGCCGGAUGGACGAGGGGUGCGCGGGCGCGGAGGACAUCGCCAUCUACCAGCGCCACGCGUCGUCGCUGCCGAACGGGGUGCCGGCGUACAAGGUGGACGUGAUGAACCAGUGCCUGGGCGACCCGGGCGGCGGCGACUGCGCGAUCGCGGGCAUCCACGUGCGGUGCGGGUGGUUCAGCUCGGUGAACCUGGUGGACCCCCUCAAGUUCAGGCGCCUGCGCCACGACGACUGCCUCCUCAACGACGGGCGGCCGCUGCUCGGCGGCGACACCAUCUCCUUCGAGUACGCCAACUCGUUCCCGUACGAGCUCUCCGUCCGCGUCGCCACGUGCGUCGACCCCACCACCGCCCCGUAGUAGGCCGUUGGCUGGCGCCGCCAUCCAUGUCGCUCCGUCCGCAGUCCGCACCACACACGAUAAGCAUAGAAACUCCACCCUCAUAAUACUACUACCACGAGUAUUAUAUAAAAUACUAGUACAAGUCAGUCAGUUGCAGCAGUAGGACAGUGCAAGGCAGGUCUUUGGUUCUUGGAUCCAAAUGUAAUUAGCUGGUGGUUUAGGUGAUUUUGUUGGACUGUAGGAUCGGGCGCUCGAGGGGGCGGCAGGGACUCCGCGUUUUGUUCUUUUGCCGAUGUUCCAAGGUCUCGUCUCACGUGUACAUGGACAUGGCACGGAUCGAGCGGUGGAAGAAGCCUUUUUUUUUUUAAAAAAAAGUACUAGUGUGUAACUGGAUGCGGGAUGUGAAAUUUUUGGGCAACCAGGCCGGCCUGCUGUAAUGCAAAUCUUUUGCUUUUGUUUCAACAGGGAAGUGCAAAGCUGCUAUUGAAGGAA